AUGUCUAAUAAGGGAGAAUCUUUAAAAUUUGGAUAGGUGAUCUCAAUAAGUCCAUUAGCCAAUUAAUCCCUUUUUGUCUAUAGCGACGGAUUAGUUAAAACGGAUGCCAAGGUAAUUGUAGAGAAAUAAGAUUAGUUAGUCGAAAUAUCGCCUGACAUAAUGGCUGCAGGUUCACUCUAUUACUACAGUUUGUAUAGAAUUUACCCUGAUUUCAUUACAACCAAAUUGCAAAUGGCUAUAAAUUUUAAAGAAGAAACCAUGCAGGAUGAUAAUUCAAAAAAAAUGUAGAAACUCAAAGAUCUCCAAACCAAAGUACAAAUCUAAACUUAACAAUAGAUUAUAGCAGAUUAUAAAUCGAACAUAGAUGUUUCAACCAAAUAUAAGGAUAAGCCAUUAUCCUUCAAUAAUUUAAUUUAGUUUAUGCAUGUAGCAACAAAUCGAUUUUUGUCUUUAUCUAGUAAGGAAGCAAAGGACGAAAAGGAAAACUUUCGCUUGGAACUAGUAGAAUAUCCUUCCUCAAAAACGGUAUUUCAAUUAUAACCUGCCUUCGUACAUUAAAAGGAAUCGAAUUCAGAAGUUUAUGCAGGCGAUAGUGUAUAUAUCAUGUGUGAUCACAUUUAUUUGGGAAUCAAGCCGAAACUAAGAGCCACACUUAAGUACGGUGUUAUGGAUACAUAUGAGUAUCUACAGGAUAGAUCUAUCUACGCAGUUCCCAAUUUAAAAUUGCUCAAGAAAAUGACAGACCAACUAGCACAAUAAUAGGAUGUCUUAGAAAUCACUCCAACUAUUCAGAAAUUCUAGAAAGUCGCCAGUUUAGCCAAAGGGUAAAGCAUUCGAAGACAAACAACAUUAAAAUAAGAAGAAGAAGUAAAGCCUGUCGGGUAAACGAGUGAAGUCAAUAUUUCAUUGGAACAUCAGAGUCCUUGGGUAUUAACGGUGUUCUGUAAUUAAAAUGACAAUGAACAAAUUAUAAGUUUUAAUGAUGUUAUAUGGAUUCAUCAUAUUGAAGAAAAUUCACUUUUAACUUUGGGUAGAAAUCAGGAUAAUGAACUAAUAAUAACAUUUUAGAAAUAGUCAAAUGAAUAAUAGAGCGAAUUUAAUGGCGACUCCAAUGGAAUGUUUUAAAUUGAAAAUGAAGAUCUAAACAAAGGAGGAUUAGUUGAAUGGGGUUAGAGUCUGAGGUUGAGACAUUUCAUUCUUGGCAAAUAUUUAGCAAUAAAUUAUGAACCAAUAAAAUCGGGUUAAUUGUUGUUAUACUUAUCUGAUCAACCCACACCCAAUACUCUAUUCUAAUUUUUAGCAGUACCAACUAUGGGAUCCAAUACAGUAAGCUAGAAAUAUGUCACUAAAGAUGCCUUUAUGAAGAUGAAAGCAGUGGGUAAAUCCUCAUAAUGGGUACAUCUAGAAUAAAAAAAAAUUUUAUAAGCAAAUAGUAAAUACAAGGACACUGUUGUUGAGGAAGAUAAAUCAGUAAUUGUUAUUAGAUUAACUGAUAAUACUGAGGAUGAUGACGUAUUGAAAUUGUACAAGGCAAAUUAUAGUGAUGUUCUAGAAACAAACUUUCUAAUUACAGGUUUCCCAGUUCUUAGAAGAGGAUUAACUAAACUCAAAUCCAAUAAAGAUAUGACUAAGGAGGCACAGAAAUAACAAAUGAUCAAAACAUAUAAGAAAUUAACUACUACUAUUGAAAAGUUAGAAAAGUUUUGUAAAAAUUCUUUAAUCAACACUUAACUUGAUAUUAAAAACACCAAAGUGGCGAUAUUAUAGAGAUAGAAAAUACUAAGAGAAUAAUACUUCAUUGAUCUCCUAAUAGAAAUUAUGAAAUAAAUUACAAACGAAGAUGAAUUAAGAUAAUAUAGUGAGUAUUAGUUAGCCCAGCAUAAGGCAGCUUUAGAAAAGCAGACGAAGACUACACUUGCUGUUUCUUAGAGAUCUCAUAUUGGUUCAGAUAUCAGUCCCUUAAGAGCAAAAGAUUCACAAAUAAAUUCCUUAAAUUAAAUUGCAGUUGGGAGAUCGGCAGCUAGUUAGUUAGUUUCAUCCCAUCAAAUAUAAUCUUAGCAAAGAACUUAAGCAAGAAAAAAGAAAAUGGAAAUGGCAUUUUUGUCUGAAAAAAUGAGUGUGCUAAAAGUUAUAUAUCGAUUGCUUAGAAGCAUUUGUUAGGACAAUCCAGAGAACUAAUUUUAUAUUUACAAAUUGUUUCCAAACUUUCUCUAUUAAAUCAAGUAUUUCAAAGAAGCAACUGAUUGUAUCAUAACAGUUCUUAGUGGUAAUGAACAAAUUUUAAUCAAUUUGUGUGAUCAUAUUAAAUUAAAUGAGAAAUUAAAAGCUCGACAAUAAGUGGAUAGUGAUGAGUCCUAAUUAUCAGAUGAAAUGGAUAUUCAAUUUAAUUCAUCUGCUGAUGAAAAGAAAAAUAUAUUAUUAUAUUAUAAAAAUUUGACAGAAGAUAGUUAAGGAUAAAGGAAUAUUCAAUAUUUAUAAUUUUUCAGAUGCAUAUGCAGAUUAAAUGACUAAAGUAUAUCUGUAAAUUAAGAAAUGAUAUUCAAAUUUAUCAAACAAAAUGAAAAUUUUAAGGGUUCUUUGUUUAUGCCAAUCAUCAUUGAAUCCACCAAAAUGAAAAUAUGUGUAGAUUAAACACAAAUUGCAUACAUUACCAGUAUCAAAGAUCCUUUAAUUUAAAAUUAUUUAAUAGAAUAAUUAUUUUUAUAUGCAGAUUUGGCAUAUUAGCGAAACUUUUUGUGGAAAUCUUAUUUGGAACGUAUCUUUCCAACCCAAUUUGUAUUUAAUUAAAUUUUUGACGAAGACAAAGAUUAAAGCAAGUAAAGUUUAGGUAAUUCUGAUUAAGUAUUUGACAAAUCAAUGUAAAUCAAUUAUAAGUCAGCAUUCUGCAACAUGGCAAUAACAAUAUUUGUCGACCAUGAGCCCUUCAACAAAGCAAUUGUUCCUAACUUAUGUAGAUUAUAUACAGAAACAAAACCAAUUUCAAAAAGUGUUUAAUCAACUAAUAAACUGACCAAAUUAGCAUCCACAUAUACUCCCCUAGUUGACAAGACCUUUAAAUUUUUAAAUGAUCUUUAUGAUUAAAUAAAUCUGGAUCUAGAUUACAAAAAGGAGUAAGCAAGAACCAAAGGCUAAUUAAUAAACUAAGACCCUGACGAUAAAAAGAGGUAAGCAAGAACCAAAGAUUAAUAAAAUGAUCAAGACUCCUUUAUCAAUCCAUUGGUACUUGAUAUUACUAAAUUAAUCUCCAUAAUGAUUAGAUUUGACAUGCUUAAAAUAAUGAAAAAAGAAGAAUUGUAUGUUAAUAUUGUACCCAAACUCAUUUCCCUUUUAGAAUAUGACAAAAAUAACAUGCUAUAUUCAUAUAUACUUAAAUCAGUCAGAGAAUCAAAAAUUAAAAAGGCAACUGAAGGAAUCAAUUUAAAUGUGAUAGGAAAAGUAACUGCACAAUCUUAAUUUACAAAACUGGCUAAAGACUUAGCAUCAUCUAUUCUAGGAAUUCCACCAAAAUAAUAAGGUUCAUUAGAGGAUGAAUUUUCAGAUUAUGAUACAACUGUUAUUGCCAGAAAUCCAAUAGUUUCUAGUCUUAUCUCCAUAAUCACUUAUAUGGACACUCUUGGAGUCUAAGAGACAAACUCAAAAAAUUAGAGUUAAUAAUAAAUACAAAAUAACUUCGAAAUUGAAAUUUAAAAAGAAGUGUGUGGAAUCCUUUUAUACUUUUAGGAUCAAAGAUAAGAUUUUUACGUCUCAAACUUUAUUUAGUUUUAUAAGAACUUCACAAAUAAGUUUCAAUAAUUUAGUUGGAAUAAUACAUUAUUAAAGGAUAAGUUUUUAAAAGACUUAGAGUCUGAAUUGGUGCAAGCCUUACCACCAUUUUUAAAGACUGGAAUUGAAGCCAUAGAUAAAUAAGCAUAAACCAGCAUAGAGGCCAUAUAUAAAUCGAAUGAUAUGAAUGAACUAAUUGGAGUAGGAAAUCUACUGGCACAAUAAAAGAAAUUUUAGAUCUAAAAUCCAUAAUUAACUGAGACUAUGGAUCUGGAUAAAUUGACAUGUGGAGAAUCAUAGGCUGAACUCUAACUAUUGCCUACCUUAAUUGUAACAUUUUUUGUCACAAAUGACUUUGGAUUGUAAAAUGAACUUAUUGAAUUAAUGAGAAGGUCCUUCUCCCAAGUUUCUGAAAUGAUGUAUCACUUAAACAGAAUUGAAUUACUAUUUGAUAAGGUAGAGAUUGGUUGUUAUCAAUUUCUAGAAGUUUCAAUAUAAGAAUUAAAAGUAAUUACUGAAUGUUCUGAAGUUUGGUUGGUUGAUUUCUUAGCAUCUCCACAAGGAGAAGUCAAAGAAAUCCAAAAGAUCCUAAAGAUAUUGGCAGAUUUGCAAUUAUUAUUGAAACAAGGCACAUCCAUUGAUCAUAAAAGUAGAGUUAUUAAUGGAACUGAUUAAAUAUCAGUAUCUAGAUAAAAAAUAUUUAACUUCUUAAAUGCCUAUGAACCUUUACUGAAUUUCAUAAGAGAUACUCAAUAACAAUUAGUAAAGGUUUUGGAUGAUCCAUUUUAUUCAAUGGAGACUAAGAGCUACGUUAUCCAACUAUUGAAGGCAUUAUUUGCUUUACUAACAGAUUUUUGUGAUAAAAAUGAUGAAAAUUAAAAAAUUAUGCAUAAAAAUGCAAGUCUAUUUAUGGAUGAAUUAUAACAUGACUAUGGAUAAAUGAAUUUGUUAAGUGCAAUAUAUAGAGAUAAUAAAUAAUUAUGUUAAAAAAUUGAUGAGAUUUUAUUAAAAAAAAUAAAAUCAUUUAUCUAUGCAUAUGGAAGAUAAGCAAGAUUUCUCCACUUAUAUAAAAAUAUUUAAACCUAUAAGAACAACCCAAUUAUUGAGGUAUAAACUAAAGUACUUCAAUUGUUUAUUCCAUAACACAUCAGCACAGAGGAUUAUACAGAUAUCAACGAAUUUUAUCUUUAUGGUGAAUUCAAAGCAAUUGAUGGUAGAAAAGUACUUGAAUUCACAUUUGAAAGAUCACUAGAAACUAAAUUGAGUGAUCAACCAUUUCUUUAUCAUAGUGAAAUACUGUAGGUCUUAUUAGCCACAAUUAUUGGUGAGGAGAGCUUUAAAAUAAAUUCUCCUAAAUUAAAAAAAUUAUUUAAAUUACAUUAUUUGCUUGAAUUAUUAUUACAGCCAGAUGAUUUUUUAUCGGAAGAAGCAAACAUUUUGGAAGGAUUGGUUGACGUUAAUCUGGGUAUGGUUAAUGGUAUAAAGCACAUAAAGCCACAAAUUAUUGAAAUGGCAAAUCUAUUAUAUGUGAAUAAUAAGGUCACAGACUUAUAUUUAUUCAUUAAAGAAUAACAUAAAUUUACUGAGUUCUUUGCUUAAGAAAAAGGCAGAUUAGUUAAAAUAUAAUCAUUACAAGGUGAUUUCGAUUAAUACUUGUAAUACUUUUUUGAUUAUGUGAUUGUUUUGAUGAAAUAUUAUUCAAAAAAAGUCAUUACAAAAGAUUCAGGUUCAGAAUAUAGAGAAAGAUCAGAUUAUAUGGAAUUAAAAGAUAUCAUGAACAUCAUUUUAGGAAUGUGCAAUACAUUGAUUCAGCAUAAGUUAAAAGUGAAUUAAUAUAAUAAUUUAGUAGAGUUUGUUCAUUCACUUGAUGAAUAGACUCUAACUGAUAAUGCAGGAUAGAUAUCUUAGUCACUAUAAUAACAAGAAUUUGCUAAACCUUAAGUCGAGGAAGAAAAUUAAACAAUUUUCACUUAAAAAAAAAAGGAUUCUCCAUUAAUUCACAAUGAUAAGGACGAAAAAUUAAAACGGACUAAUAAUAAAACUGAUAUUGAUUAACUAAAUUAGGAAAUUGUAGAUUGGAAUACAAAAAAAGCUUGGGAAAAAUUCUUAGAAGAAUGUUAAUCACUUUAAUCGACAAAAAAAACACAAUCUAUUGAAAUGAGAAUCUUAAGUCAAACAUUUUAAGAAGUGCAUAAAUUUAUACCUGAUGCUAUGAUCAAAGAAUUAGGUUUGUAAAACUUUUGCUUUAAGGAUUUUCUAAAAAAAUUAAUCCGAUUUAUCGAGGUAGGUAUUAUUAAUAAAGCGAAUAAAUCGAAUUUAAUAUAUACAUUAUAACUUUUAGAAGAUAUUUUAGAUUCAAAAGAAGAUUUAGAAAAAAUUCAAAAUGAGUUUGAUUCAUGCUAAGCUACAAGAAUGUUUUUAAAUUUAUUAGCUGACUUUUAGGUUUAUCCUUUUGAUGAUGAUCUCUUAAUAUAAUUAUUUAAAUUUGCUUUAAAGCUAAGUAAAAAUGGUAAUCAAAGAAUACAAACUACUGUAUUUAAUUAUUUUAGUAAUUUUGAAAAAUCUGAGAUGAUCUUUUUAAAAAUGAAUCAAAUUAUUUAUGAAGUAAUUAAUGAAAAUAAAAAAACAUAAUAAGUAUUGAUGCAAUAAAAAAGCUAAAAAGAUAAGGAUUAACAUUAAAAAUAACUUUAUUUGUCUAGUAUUUAAGAGUAAUAAAAUGAAGAUGAAUCUACCUCAAAAGAAGCUUAAGAUGCUAGAAGAAGUAAAAUGAGUAUACUAAUCUAUUUGCUGAAAUACUUUUAAUUAAUAUGUGAAGGUCACAAUUUAUAAAUCUAAAACUAUCUUAGAUAGCAAUACAAUAGUAGAAACAAUUAUAAUAUUGUCUAAGCUAUGGUUGAAUUAUUAUGCGCUUUUGAAAAUGAUUUGUAAAGAGAUUCUUUUGAAGUGAUUAUGAACACAUUAGAAACAUUGACAGAACUUGUCUAAGGUCCUUGUUCACAAAACCAAUAGGAUAUUAUUGAUUCGUUAUUUUUAGAUGUUGCAUCUAAUUAUUUAAAUAUGCAUAUUGAAUCAAAGAAAAAAAAAGAUUAGGAUGGAGUUUAAGAAAAAGAAGAACAUUCUAUUAGAGAAAGAUCAAAUUCAUUGCAGUCUAAAAGUACUGCAAAAGCAGGUGCAAAAGUUAAAACAAUUUAAAUUGAUAGAUGGAUGUUAGAAAGAUUAAAAUAUAAGUGCAUGGUUUUAGUAAGUUCUUUGUUAGAGUUAAACUCAGAUACGAAUGCUAUUAAACGAAUUCUAAGAUCCUUGCCAAUUAAUGUGCUUAAAAAGAACUUAAUUAUAAUUUACAAAAAGCAUUAAAAAAUGUACAAAAAAUUAGGAUACAAUAAAGAAUCAUUAGGACAUCUUGAAGAAAAUCCUCAUGAUUCAACAAAACCUCCUGAAUAUCAUGAAUUAAUUUUAGAAACUGGAUUUUUGAUUUACUUUUUAAUCAAUCAUUAUGCAAAUUUGGAUACAAAAGAAAUAGAUCCAGCAACUAGAGAUGAACUUGAGGAAAUAAAAGAAAGUCAAAAAAAUUCUGAUAAAGAAGAUCCUUGGGCUUAGUUAUAAAAUUCUCUUAUUGGUUAAUUGGCGAGCUUAGUGUUUUCUUUAGUUGGAGGAAUUUUAGAAAUGAUAAAUGAAUGGAGAGAGUAUGCUUAAUAAUAAUUAAUGAAAUAAUUUAAAGGUAAAGAAAGUGCAGAAGAGGAAGAAAAACGAAAGGCAGCAAAGAAAUUAGCUGCUCAAUAGCUGUUUAAUGAUAGUAUCACUUUUUUUUAAAAAAAUUCUGCUACUGUUGAAGUUAUUAGGGAAUAGUAAAUAGAAAAAAUCAUUUUCUAUAAAUUAUCUUUUUGUAACUACUUACCUUAAGAAACUAAAACUGAGUUUCAUGAAACUGUAGAUAGAGAUUCUACUAAUUCUAAAGUGAGUGCUCUAGUUGAAAAUAUGCCAAAUUUCAUGGAUGUUGCUAAACAUGAAGAAGAACUUACACAAUUUUUUAAUUAGAAUAAGUUUGUAGCUUUAUUUGCAAAGUAUGUUAUUUUGUGGAAAGACUUAUGCUUUUUAUUGACUCUAGUGUUAAACGUAUUUAUUGUUCUUUCUUACUAUGAAGGGGAUUCUGAUGAUCCAGAUUAAAGAUUUUACGAUAGAUUAAAUUCACCAAAAUUUUUAAAAAUGUUAUCUGUUGAGGAGACAAUGUCAAUUUUUCGAUAUUGUGGAAUUGGCAUGAUUGUUUGUUCGUGCUUUGUUGUUUCGUUUUUUAUUCUUAAGAAGGGACCAUUGUAUGUUAAAGAAGCUUGGAAUCAAAGUAAGGAUUUAAUCAAGGAGGAUCAAAUUUGGAUUAUUAGAUUCUUUUUAAAGUUGUAUAUGGUUGGUUUUUGUUUGGUUAAGGUGUUAUUGAACAUAGAUAUGAUCUAUUAUUUGGCUUAUGGUGUUUUGGCUUUCAUUGCAACUUUGGUUCACCCGUUCUUUUUUGCUUUUCAUUUAAGUGAAGUGGUCUUAAGAUAUCCCACACUUAGAAAUAUUAUAAAAUCUUUUUGGGAACCCAAAGUGGCUUUAGGUUUGACAUUCAUUUUGGUAUUGUUAAUGAAUUACUACUUCACUCUGAUGGCAUACUUAUUGUUUUACGAUAUAUACACAAAUGGAAAAUGUGAUUCGUUAUUAGUGUGUUUCCUUUCGACGUUUGAUUAUGCAUUUAAAAAUAAUGGAGGUAUAGGAGGUUGGUUUGAUGGAAAUUUUCCAUAAGAUCCAGCAAAUUAUAGUUAUGGCAGAUUUUUCUUCGAUUAAUUGAAUAAUAUCCUCAUUCAGAUGAUUAGUAUUUAAAUAUUUUCUGGUAUUAUUAUUGAUACAUUUGGUGAAUUAAGAGAAUAGCAAUUAGCUAAAGAGGAUGAUAAAGAAAAUAUUUGCUUUAUUUGUGGUCUUGACAGAGAAAUUUUUGAUAUGAAAUCCGAUGAUGGAUUUAAUAAACAUAUCAAAUAAAGUCAUUAUAUGUGGAAUUAUGUUUUUUAUAUGGCUUACAUGGAUAACAAAAAUAAAAGUGAAUAUAAUGGAAUAGAAACCUAUAUCGCAAAUAAAAGAAAAAAUUAAGAUAAUUCUUGGUUCCCUAUUGGGUAGUCAUUAGAACUUCAAGAAGAAUUAGAAGAUUAAUAAAUGAUUGAGGAAAGGAAGAUAUAAUCUUUAUAAUUAAGAAUUGAUGGAAUUAAAUAAUAGAGCGAAAAAGUACUCUAGAUUUUAAAUGAUAUCUAAGAAUAAGUAGGUUAAUGA